AUGGCACAUCCCGACAAUCCCUCAAAUCCGGACAAAACUGGGAACGAUGGGUCGACGAAUGCGGAUGAUCGUGAUCCGGAACCGAUUGUUGCUGAAUGCAACGCGGAAAAAGAUGUUGCUGACCGAAAUCCGGAACAGGAUGCUGCCAGGGAUAAUACAGAAAAGGAUAUAGCUUGCCGAAAUCCAAAACAAAAUAUGAAUAGUGUCGUUGCAAGCGUCUCUGAAACUGGUAAUUUCAAUGUGGUGGAUAAAGAAAUUGAAGAAUUCAUAAGGCGCGAAAAGGGAGUGAAUGAGACGACGACGAUGGCACGAGCCGAGCAGUUGGCACUGGCCAUAAGCUAUUGUCGGAAAAAUCUGCGAAGGACGAGUUUAACAGGCGUAAAUUACCAUUCUUGUAACUUUUUUCGAAUCACAAAAGCCUCCCCAGAUUUAUUAUCCUGA